AUGGCUGGUCCUGCCGCCCCUACAGAGCUGCGGUUCAGCAGUGUGGCCACCACCACCAAGCUGCUCACCUUCGCCAACGCCGUCAACAUCCCCGUCCACGCAACAACCCAGACGGCCGCCAAGCUCGGCCCUACCGUCCCCGCGCUCGCCUCCCUCCUCCCCUCGGCGCCGCACGACAAGACCAAGUUCUCCAUGCUCAUCCCCCCGCUGGCUGCCGCCCUGCCGCCCGGCUCGCGCGUCGCCCUCGUCGGCAUCGAGUCCCAUAUCUGCAUUACCCAGACGGCCCUGGACCUCCGCGACGCAGGCCACUUCCCCUACGUCAUUGCCGACGCCGUCAGCAGCUGCAACAGGACAGAGGUCAUUAUUGCCCUCGACAGGUUGCGUGCCGAGCACGGCGUCACCGUCACGUCUUCCGAGAGCUGGAUGUACGAGUGUACGGGCGAUGCUUCCAACCCGGCCUUCAAGACCUUGAUUACCGUCGUCAAGGGUGCCCUUGCCGACACCCAAAAGGUGCUCGAGUCGUUGCCACCGACUUCCAAGAUUUAG